AAUCAAACUGUAACAGAAAUUAAGCACGCGAUCUGGUCGCAGCAGAAUUCUCAUCUUCUUCAAUUCGAACGAACCUUUCGAGGAGUAAACAACACAAAGUUAGUAAUCGAACUCACUCCAGAGGAAUCAGAUCUCUCUCUCUCUCUCUCUCUCUCUCGCAAUGGUUGGGAAUCAUCGUCAUCCCACUCCCCACAGACCCAGAUCGAAAACUCUAAUCUUCAUGCUUCUCCUCUUCUCCUUCUCUCUACUCCUCAUCCUUUACACCUUAUCUUCCUCCGCUCGACCCUCCUCCCUCUCCCAUCCGAACCCGACGGAGACCUCCUUCGUUGCCUCCCUUGAGCAAUUUCUGAUCCACAAGGCGCCGAAGCUUACCUUUGGAGACGACACGGUGCGUGGUGGCGAGAGCCAUGAUGAUGAUCUGAGGAAGCUCGAUGAGAUGGAGAAUCGGUUGUUGAACGAAGAUCCUACCGGGUUCCCGGUGAAGGUAUACGUGUACGAGAUGCCGAAGAAGUUCACUGUGGAUCUUCUCUGGUUGUUUCACAAUACUUACAAAGAGACUUCGAACGCCACUUCUAAUGGUAGCCCUGUCCAUCGCCUUAUCGAGCAGCACUCUAUUGAUUAUUGGCUCUGGGCUGAUCUGGUCUCCCCUGAAUCCGAAAGGCGUUUGAAAAGUGUCGUGAGGGUCCAUCAGCAGCAGGAGGCAGACUUUUUCUAUGUUCCGUUUUUCACUACAAUCAGCUUCUUCUUGUUGGAGAAGCAGCAAUGCAAAGCACUCUAUAGGGAAGCUUUGAAGUGGGUCACUGAUCAGCCUGCUUGGAAAAGAUCUGAGGGAAGGGAUCAUAUCUUUCCUAUUCACCAUCCCUGGUCUUUCAAGUCUGUCCGCAAAUAUGUGAAGAAAGCAAUCUGGCUUUUACCAGAUAUGGACUCCACUGGGAACUGGUAUAAACCUGGGCAAGUCUCUCUCGAGAAGGACCUGAUUCUUCCGUAUGUUCCCAAUGUGGAUAGAUGUGAUGCCAAGUGCUUGUCAGAAAGUGCACCAAAGAGGACCACUCUUCUUUUUUUCCGAGGGCGGCUUAAGAGGAAUGCUGGAGGUAAAAUACGUGCCAAGCUUGGUGCAGAACUAAGCGGUGUCAAGGAUGUAAUCAUCACUGAGGGGACUGCCGGAGAGGGAGGGAAAUUGGCAGCUCAGGAAGGCAUGCGUAGAUCUUUAUUCUGUUUGUGUCCGGCUGGUGACACACCAUCCUCGGCAAGAUUGUUUGAUGCCAUAGUCAGUGGAUGUAUACCUGUUAUAGUCAGUGACGAGUUGGAACUUCCAUUUGAAGGAAUACUUGAUUACAAGAAGGUUGCUGUGAUCGUUUCUUCUAGUGAUGCAAUACAACCAGGGUGGCUUAUCAAUCAUUUAAGAAGCCUCACACCUUCCCGAGUCAAAAAAUUCCAGAACAGCCUUGCUCAAUACUCGCGGCAUUUCCUAUAUUCCAGCCCUGCUCAGCCAUUAGGUCCGGAAGACUUGACAUGGAGAAUGAUAGCUGGAAAGCUGGUGAACAUCAAGCUUCACACAAGGAGGUCACAGCGGGUUGUUAAAGGAUCUAGGACUAUUUGCAGAUGUGAUUGCUGGAGACCCAACGCUACAGCCUCUAAUCCCUUUAGCCCUCUCGUGUCUUGAGACCCAUCACUCUACUUCACAUUUUCAGUCUUAAAAUCCACUGGAUAUGUAUACUCAAGGUCAAGACUGUUUGAAAUUCUUAUCCUUUAGAAUUGAACUAUUACCUGCUGCGUUAUAUAUUGUAAGGUCAUUCAACUUUAGCCAUGUGGAAAUGUUAUGAAUCUUAAUGGUUUCUAAGACUGGGUAUGUCCUCUCUACGCAAUUUUUAUUUCUCUCAUUUUCUGCUA